AAGCCAAGGGCUGUGUCAGAAUCAAACUGCUGAGCCAGUCACUUGGGUUCCGGAGCUGAACCAGAAAUGUCUUCAGCUAAAGUACCUCUCCCUGCCCCACUGGCUGAUCUGAAGAUCCAGUAUACUAAGAUCUUCAUAAAUAAUGAAUGGCAUGAUUCAGUGAGUGGCAAGAAGUUUCCUGUCAUUAACCCUGCUACUGAGGAGGUCAUCUGCCAGGUGGAAGAAGGGGACAAGGCGGAUGUUGACAAAGCAGUGAAGGCCGCCAGAGAGGCUUUUGCCAUCGGCUCUCCAUGGCGUACUAUGGAUGCUUCCGAGAGGGGCCGCCUCCUGUACAAGCUGGCUGACUUAAUAGAAAGAGACAGUGUGCUGCUGGCUACGAUGGAGGCAACAAAUGCUGGGAAAAUAUUUUCUAAUGCAUGCUUGCUGGAUGUAGGAAGCAGUAUAAAACAAUUACGCUACUGCGCAGGCUGGGCCGACAAGAUCCAGGGCCGCACCAUACCUGUGGAUGGAGACUUCUUCACCUACACAAGACGUGAACCUAUCGGAGUUUGUGGCCAAAUCCUUCCUUGGAACUUCCCGUUGCUCAUGCUGGUGUGGAAGAUAGGACCCGCCCUCAGCUGUGGCAACACCGUGAUCGUCAAACCCGCAGAGCAAACUCCGCUCACGGCUCUUCACGUGGCAUCCUUAAUUAAAGAGGCAGGUUUUCCCCCUGGAGUGGUGAACAUUGUCCCUGGCUAUGGGCCCACCGCAGGGGCAGCCAUCUCUUCCCACAUGGAUAUUGACAAGGUGGCCUUCACAGGAUCGACAGAGGUUGGCAAAAUAAUCAAAGCAGCUGCGGGGAACAGCAACCUGAAGAGAGUCACCCUGGAACUGGGAGGAAAGAGCCCCUGCAUCGUGUUUGCCGACGCCGAUCUGGACACUGCUGUAGAAUCGGCACAUGUGGGCCUGUUCUUCCACCAGGGGCAAUGUUGUAUAGCUGCGUCCAGGCUUUUUGUAGAAGAAUCAAUUUAUGAUGAAUUUGUUCGGAGGAGUGUUGAGCGGGCAAAGAAAUAUACUCCUGGAAAUCCUCUGAGCCCAGGCACAAAUCAUGGCCCUCAGAUUGACAAGGAACAGUAUAAUAAAAUCCUGGAGCUCAUCGAGAGUGGGAAGAAGCAAGGAGCUAAACUGGAAUGUGGCGGAGGCCCCUGGGGGAACAAAGGCUACUUCAUCCAGCCCACAGUUUUCUCUAGUGUGACAGAUGAGAUGCGCAUUGCCAAGGAGGAGGGUAAACUGCUACAGUCCGGGAGGGUUUCAGGCUCCCUUCGGUGGAUACAAAAUGUCUGGAAAUGGACGAGAAAUGGGUGAAGAAGGCUUCUAUGAAUACACAGAGAUCAAGACUGUCACAAUGAAAAUCUCUCAGAAGAACUCUUAAUCCACUGGAGUGAAGACUUUUCACUGAAUUGGCAUUCCUUCCAUUCACCAGUGUAGAAUUUAAAUAUAAAAUUCAUUUCUUAAAUUUUUAAAGUAUAAGAUAAUUAGAAUGUUAUUAAUCAUAUACAUUAAAAACCAGACAUGUAGCUUAUUGUGAAAGAAACAUUUCCCUUUUGACAUGUGAACCAAAGUGCAAGAUCUAUUUAGCUUGGUUUUAGUGAUGCACUUUUCUAUAUAGGAAUCUUUAGGAAUAAUCUUUUUAUAGAGGUGGACCAAUAGACAUUUAGGUAUUUACCCUCAAAGGUUGCUUGAAGUACUUGGUAUUGAUAUUCAUGACAGACUGAAUAGUAACCAUGUUGUCUGUGAAGUGUCUUGAAAUGUUUCCUAGACUGCCAUGUCUGCUUGUAGAAUAAAAUAUUUAACCCAAGUUUGAAUAUAAAGCUUAAUUAAAAUA